AGACAGCAAAAAUGUGGUUAUGGGUAAAUCAAUUUUUGAAAAAGCAUCCUGAAAACGUGAUUUUUUUAGGUAUUUUAAUUCUAUGAUUUGUUGAAAAUUCAAUUCAUUUGAUAAUAGGUGUUUUUCUAUUAUUAUUUAAUGAUGGCAGUCCAUCUAACCCCAGAGAAUAUUCAGUUCUCCCUUUUCACUGCUGAUGAAAUGAAGAAAAUGUGUGUUACAAAAAUCAUUACACCACUCAUGUUGGAUGCACUAGGUCAUCCUUUACCAGGUGGACUUUAUGACAACAGAUUAGGACCAAUAUCUGAUAAGGGUGAUUUAUGCAGCACAUGUCAUAAGACUAUGACCAACUGCCCUGGGCAUUUUGGAUACAUUGAACUUCCCUUGCCCAUUGUUAAUCCUUUGUUCCAUAAAAUUAUAGGGACAAUUAUAAAAAUUUCUUGUUUAUCAUGUUUCCACAUACAAAUACCAGUUCAUGUUAAGAAAAUAUUAACAAUACAGAUCAAAUUACUGAAUUGUGGAUUAGUCUCAACAGCUAUGGAAGUUGAAUCCAAAAGGACUGAGUUGUUACUAAAAUAUGGGGAAAAUGGAAAUAUUCCUGAAAGUACUGAAGGUAUUGCUGCAUAUGAAGAAUUGGCAGACCAGACCUUUGAAAAACUGGGGAGAAAAUGUGCUUUGAGUCAGAACACAGAAACUCUGAGAAAUCAUUUCAUUAAUCAGAUGUUGAGAGAAGUGAAGACUAGACAAGUGUGUAUGUUCUGUCAGAGAAACAUGGACAAAAUUCAGGCUCUGAAGAAUAAAAUAAUUUCAAUAUCUAGAAUUGCAGAUAUCAAAAAAUCGAAGAGACUUGCAAACACUCAACAAAUAAAAGGGAUACAGUCAAAAUAUAUCAAUCCAGAGGAGUCCAGAAGAUAUAUGAGGAAUAUAUGGAAGGAAGAGAAGUAUUUUUUAAGGCAAUUAGUAUCUGUUUUGGCAGAAAUUGACAUUGAAAAUCCUACCGACGCUUUCUUUUUCGAAGUUAUACCAGUAACUCCACCAAACCUUAGACCUGUGAAUAUAGUCAAUGAUAGGGUCUUAGAGAACAAACAAUCACAAACUUAUAAGACCAUUCUACAGAAUGUCAUUUUGCUGAGAGCUAUAAUACAGGUGGUUCAGAAGAAAGGGGAUGAAAACAGUUUAACAUCAGUUGAAGCAAAGGCAGCAUACAGUUUUGCUCGAGGAAACACUGCUAUAGAAAAACUGAAUAAUGCUUGGGAAGAACUGCAGAAUGACAUAAAUGGCCUUGUAGAUAAGGAAUCUAACAGGAGCAAAGAAGGGGAAGGACUCAAACAGAUAAUUGAGAAGAAGGAAGGCAUAGUUCGUAUGUGUAUGAUGGGAAAAAGAGUGAAUUUUUCUGCCCGCUCAGUUAUAACACCUGAUCCUAAUCUAAAUAUCGACGAAAUUGGUAUUCCAGAAGCGUUCGCGAAAAAACUAACAUAUCCUGUCGCUGUUACUCCUUGGAAUGUAGAGGAGUUACGAAAAAUGAUCCUGAAUGGACCAAACGUGCAUCCCGGGGCAGUUAUGAUAGAGCUGAAUGGAGUGGUCAAGAGGAUCAAUCCCGGGAAUGAAGUUCAGAAAGAGAGUAUUCUGAAAUGUUUACUGACUCCAGAUGACAAGGGAAGGGGCUCCGACAAUGUCAAAAUAGUUCAUCGUCACUUAUGCAAUGGAGACGUUCUUUUAUUGAACAGACAGCCGACAUUGCAUAAACCUAGUAUCAUGGCACACACUGCUCGCAUCCUGAAAGGAGAAAAAACGCUAAGAUUACACUAUGCCAACUGUAAGGCCUACAAUGCCGAUUUUGACGGGGACGAGAUGAACGCCCAUUUUCCUCAAAAUGAACUUGCCCGAAGUGAAGGCUAUAAUAUUGUGAAUGUUUCAAAUCAGUACCUUGUUCCCAAAGACGGUACACCACUCAGCGGACUCAUUCAAGAUCAUAUGAUUGCAGGAGUGCGUCUUUCUAUGAGAGGUAGAUUUUUCACAAGAGAUGACUAUCACCAAUUGGUAUACCAAGCACUGUCUUUCAAAACCAGCGAUAUUAUCCUUUUACCACCUACAAUUCUGAAACCUUACUAUUUGUGGUCAGGAAAACAGAUUCUAUCCACCGUUAUCAUCAAUAUUAUUCCAAAAGGACGAGAGCCCAUCAAUUUGACAGCUACAGCCAAAAUUUCGUCAAAGGCGUGGCAAUCCAGGCCCCCCAGACGAUGGAAAGCAGGUGGAACCCCAUUUGUAAACCAAAAUACAAUGAGUGAGGCUGAAGUAGUUAUAAGGCAUGGCGAACUUCUAGUUGGCAUCUUGGACAAAACACAUUAUGGUGCUACCCCAUACGGUUUAGUUCAUUGUAUAUACGAAUUAUAUGGAGGUAAUUAUGCUACAAGGCUGCUAUCCUCAUUGGCAAAAAUAUUCAUGAGGUUCCUUCAGCAAGAAGGUUUCACCCUGGGUGUACACGAUAUCUUAACUGUAUCUAAAGCGGAUAAGAAGAGAACGGAGAUUAUCAACAAUUCGAGGAGAAUCGGGCCAGAAGUCGUAGCGGCAGCUUUGGACUUACCGGUGGAGACACCUGUUGAAGAAAUUGUGGAAAAAAUUGAGGAAGCGAAUGCUACCAAUUCCAAAAUUAGGGCGAUCAUCGAUAGACAGUACAAGUCGGCUUUGGAUAGUUACACGAAUGAAAUAAACAAUACUUGUCUCCCGGCCGGCCUAGUGUGCAAAUUCCCACACAACAACCUCCAGUUGAUGGUGCAGUCCGGCGCGAAAGGCUCCACCGUCAACACCAUGCAGAUAUCCUGUCUGCUGGGCCAGAUCGAGUUGGAGGGGAAGCGGCCCCCCGUCAUGAUAUCCGGGAAAACUCUGCCCAGCUUCCCCUCCUUCGAGUUCUCGCCCAGGGCCGGCGGAUUUAUCGAUGGCAGAUUCAUGACGGGCAUCCAGCCGCAAGAGUUCUUCUUCCACUGUAUGGCCGGACGUGAGGGUCUGAUUGAUACAGCUGUGAAAACGAGUCGUAGUGGUUACCUGCAAAGAUGUCUUAUAAAACAUUUGGAAGGUUUGAAAGUGGAAUAUGAUAUGACUGUACGAAAUAGUGAUAAAAGUGUCAUACAGUUUUUGUAUGGAGAAGAUGGAUUAGAUAUAUCAAAAGCUCAAUUCUUGAACCCAAAACAUUUAGAGUUUUUGUCCGAGAAUGUGAAGGCACUGGAACAAGCAGAAAUUCUGAAAAAGCUGAAAAAUGAUGAAGACCAGAUAUCAUUACAGGAGCAUUUGGCUAAGAUUGAAAAUUGGAAAUUAAAAAAUGGCGACCCCUUGCGAAAACAUCGGAAAACCCCAUUUUCAUUAUUUUCCAAAUACGUUGAAGCAAAAGUCGGCAACAAUAAGUUGAGCAGCGAGAGAAUGGUGAAUCUUUGGACAGAACUGGGCCAAGACAUAAGAGAAGAGUUCUUCACUCAAUGUGCUGCUUGUCCAGAUCCCAUUGACUCCAUUUUUCUACCUUCCUCUCAUUUCGGUGCGAUCAAUGAGCGCAUAGAAAAAAUGUUGGAAGAUUUUCAACCUUUCAAGAGGAAAAAGCACAAAAAGGAGUUCAGAAAUGCGAUUAAACUGAAGGCCAUGCAAUCCGUGUGUAACCCUGGGGAACCAGUAGGACUCUUGGCAGCACAGUCUAUUGGGGAACCUUCCACUCAAAUGACGCUGAAUACGUUCCAUUUUGCUGGCAGAGGUGAAAUGAACGUCACUUUGGGUAUCCCUCGUUUAAGAGAGAUAUUGAUGAUGGCAUCCAAAAACAUCAAAACGCCUUCCAUGGAAAUACCGUUCCUCAACAUACCCGGAUUGGAAGAAAAAGCCGCGGAAUUGAGGAAAUUGCUUUCGAGGGUGGUAGUUGCCGAUGUUUUGGAGACCAUAGAUGUUACGGCUGAGUUACAAAUACAACCUAUCAGGCAGCACAGAUAUGUGGUGAGAUUCAAUUUCUUACCAAGAAAAUAUUACAGCCAAGAUUAUUGUGUAACGCCUAAAGGAAUUCUGAAUUACGUGAAAAAGAAAUUCUUCGGACAAAUGUUUGCAGCAAUCAGAAAAUAUACCAAGAUCAAUAGCAAUGUUGUGAUGAUGGAAGAAGAAAGAAGUAAAAAUUCUAAUGGAACUGACAACGAAGAUAGUGACGGCCCGAAUCAGGAACAAAGAGACGAAAAUAAUUCUUCUGAUGAAGAUGUCUCAGAUGAUGAAGACGCUAAAACUACAAAUAAGUUUAAGGAGACUCGGGAGGAUUUGGAGCCUGAGGAUGACGAAAAAGAAGCUUCUGAUGACGAUGAAAAUGAGGAAGAAACUGAAGCAGCAGUUGAAGGACCAAGUCAAGAAGACAAUUCUGUCGUUGAAACCUAUAAUUAUGCAAAGAACUAUACAGAAGAUAAACAAAAGCAUUUGUGGUGUGAAAUAACGUUUUCUUUACCUCUAAAUUUCAAAAAACUGGAUCUGACUGUCCUACUCAGAGAAGUUGCCAAUAAAUCGGUAUUGUGGGAAACUCCAAAUAUUAAAAGAGCCAUCACUUAUAUAAAAGAUGACAAACUCAUGUUGAGGACAGAUGGAAUAAAUAUUAUUGAAAUGUUCAAGUACAACACUAUACUGGAUCUUCAACAACUAUACUGUAAUGACAUACACCAAAUUGCUGACACUUAUGGAAUAGAGGCAGCUUCAAGAAUCAUUGUUAAGGAAGUUAAAGAUGUGUUCAACGUAUAUGGAAUUAAGGUGGAUCCGAGACAUUUGUCCCUGAUAGCCGAUUAUAUGACCUUCAACGGGACAUUUGAACCGCUCAGCAGAAAGGGCAUGGAAAGCAGUGCUUCCCCUUUACAACAGAUAUCAUUCGAAUCGUCGUUAGUUUUUCUCAAAAAUGCAACCAUUAGAGGAAAGCAAGAUGAAUUGCAAAAUCCAUCCAGUAGUUUGAUGUUAGGGAAACCCUGUGGAACAGGAACUGGUUGCUUUAGUUUAAUACAUAAAUCCUUUGACAUCAAUGUCUAGAUAGAUAUUAUCUUGAUUUUGUAUGAUGUAAUUAAAAUGAUUUCAAUAAUAAAAUGAAUAAUGAGAAAUGUUAUGUGCAAGACUGAAACCUUUGGCAUCAUAAUCCACUACACUGUUUUACCACUAACUAAACUGAUUUUUUAUAAACUCAUUAGCGUCGGAUUUUUUUUUUCCUGAAAUUUACUGGCCAUUAACUAGUGCGAGAUAAGUUUGAAGAAUCAUAAAUGGAAUUCAGGUUUUCCGAAAAUCUGCUGUUGCCAUAUGGCAACACUAGGCGCUUGUGGUACAUGUUUUGGAAAAUCAACACAAAUACCUCUAUCACAAUUUGAACAGAGUCCUUGUCAAAAUCCAGGUAUUUUGAAUGGCUGCGUCUAAUACCCAAAAGAUUAGGGGCCCGUACGAAUAAUUCCUAUAUGCGGUCCGUACGAAUAAUUCCUAUAUGCGGUAAUAACUGAUAUUUUGAUCCAUCUGAUCAGUUUCGCCCAUAUACAAAUAGUACCACUUGAUUAUUUUUUAAAACAAGGCAUACCACUUGUUUUCCCCUGACAAGUGCUAAAUAACUCCGUCGUUUCCCGCUCAGUCAUCUAAUUAUUUGACUCAUCACAUAUUGAAAUGGAAAUAUCAGCAGAAUUCCGAAGAGAAGAUUGUCCGGCCAAUGGUUCAACAUCCAUUGGAUCGACAGGAGAGUCACCACAUUCGCUGAGUAUAAGCGCCUAGCGUUGCCAGAUAAUUAUGAAAACAAAAAUCGCAAAAUCAAAUGCAUGAGAACUGGAUGAUACGUACACGAACGUGACGUCCAAGUUUUACGUCAGUUCAAAUAAGAUCAAAGUUUCACAAAUUCACGUUGUUGAAACAGCUUACUCACAACAAAGAAAUGGCGGCAUGUGCUUACCCGGUUUUUUGCAAAUCAUGUGGGCUGUCUCUCACCCUACUAGCUAAAAAUUUGACUGUCAGGGAAUUAUUUGAAUAUCUAUCUGCCUAGCGUUGCCAUACGGCAACUCACGGCGCUAAUAGGUUAAACUCCAGUUUCCUGAACAUGCUAACAUAGUGAAACACAUAUCAAGGUGUUGAAAAAAUCAGUUUGGUGAGUGGUGAAACAUUGUAGUGGAUUAUUAUGCUGGUGGAAUAAGAACUGUAAAAUUAUAUUUUAAAAAACUCAAUUCUGAAAAAUAAAGAAGAAUUUGACAGCAAAAUUAAAGCCAGUGGAAGUUUACAAACUCAUAGAGGAACAUAAUUAUGAAACAGUGUUGUUGGAUUCAUUUCAGCACCGUAUCUAGGAAUUGGGUCUGUAGAAAAUAAGUGUGCUGCUUGUUAAAUCAGAUAAAUAGAUAUAUAAUUUCUUUAAUGUCCUUCAAAAUGUUUGAACUCAUGAAUGAAAGAGAUCAUAAAUGAAAAUCAAAAUGCAUGAACAUAACUGAAUAAGUUGACCUGAAAAAUGGUCAAUUUUUCUUUAACUGUUUGUCUUUAAAUAAAUUCAUACUAUCUGAGAAAUAUUGAUUUGGAUGACUCACUACUACUGAGGGUGCUUGUCCUUGUGUACAUUCAAAAUAUCUGCUGCAAGCAAUUUGAUAAUGGCCACUUGUUA